CGCCCGCCCGCCGGGGUCUCGCCGUUCGCGGCUGCUCCUCCUCCUCCCUUCCUCCUCCUCUUUCUCCUCCUCCUCCUCCCCCCGCCGCCUCGCCACCGCCGCGGCUCCGGCUGGAGGCGCCGCUGUCAUUCCUGCGCCGGAGGAGCCGGCGCUUGCCGGUGCCCGGGGGUCGGGGCGCGGGGGAACCCGGGCCGCUAGGGUGACCCAACAGGUAGAGCCCGGGCCACAGCCGGUCACGCUCCCCCCGCGCACAUCAUGCAGCUCUUUGUCACCUCUCUCGCCCCCAGGCCAAAAUCCUGAGCAUGAUGGAAGACAAUAAGCAGCUCGCGCUCCGCAUCGAUGGGGCGGUCCAGUCGGCCAGCCAGGAGGUGACCAACCUGAGAGCCGAGCUCACGGCCACCAACCGGAGACUGGCGGAAUUGAGCGGCGGAGGCGGCGGCCCCGGCUCGGGCCCGGGAGCUGCGACCAGCGCCUCGGCAGCAACGGUGACGGUGGCUGACUCGGCGGUGGCGACCAUGGAGAACCAUCAGCACAGCGCUCAAGUGCUCCUGCGGGAGGAAGUGGUCCAGCUUCAGGAGGAAGUGCACCUUCUCCGGCAGAUGAAGGAGAUGCUGGCCAAGGACCUGGAGGAGUCACAGGGUGGCAAGUGCUCUGAGGUCCUCUCAGCCACAGAGCUUCGGGUGCAGUUGGUGCAGAAGGAGCAGGAACUGGCCAGAGCCAAAGAAGCCUUGCAAGCCAUGAAAGCCGACCGGAAGCGCUUAAAGGGAGAGAAGACGGACUUGGUUAGCCAAAUGCAGCAGCUGUACGCCACUCUGGAGAGCCGAGAGGAGCAGCUGCGGGACUUCAUCCGCAACUAUGAGCAGCACCGUAAGGAGAGUGAAGACGCCGUCAAAGCGCUGGCCAAGGAGAAGGACCUCCUGGAGCGGGAGAAGUGGGAACUUCGCCGGCAGGCCAAGGAGGCCACGGACCACGCCGCCGCCCUGCGCUCCCAGCUGGACCUCAAGGACAACCGCAUGAAGGAGCUGGAAGCCGAGCUAGCCAUGGCCAAGCAGUCCUUAGCCACCCUGACCAAGGAUGUUCCCAAGCGGCAUUCACUCGCCAUGCCUGGCGAGACGGUGCUCAAUGGCAACCAGGAGUGGGUGGUUCAGGCCGACCUCCCGUUGACGGCCGCCAUCCGUCAGAGCCAGCAGACGCUCUAUCACUCCCACCCUCCCCACCCUGCAGACCGGCAAGCGGUCAGGGUGAGCCCCUGCCACUCAAGGCAGCCUUCCGUCAUCUCCGAUGCCUCUGCUGCUGAGGGUGACCGGUCAUCGACACCGAGCGACAUCAACUCCCCACGACACCGGACGCACUCCCUCUGCAACGGCGACAGUCCCGGCCCGGUUCAGAAGAGCCUGCACAGUCCUAUUGUACAGUCACUAGAGGAUCUUGAAGACCAAAAACGGAAAAAGAAGAAAGAGAAGAUGGGAUUCGGCUCCAUCUCUCGAGUCUUCGCCAGAGGGAAGCAACGGAAGUCCCUCGACCCGGGCCUCUUUGAUGACUCCGACAGCCAGUGCAGCCCCACACGGCACAGCCUCAGCCUGUCUGAGGGAGAGGAGCAGAUGGACCGUCUACAGCACGUGGAGCUGGUGAGGACCACGCCUAUGUCCCACUGGAAGGCUGGCACAGUGCAGGCCUGGCUGGAGGUGGUGAUGGCCAUGCCCAUGUACGUCAAGGCCUGUGCAGAGAAUGUCAAGAGCGGCAAGGUGCUUCUCAGCCUGAGCGACGAGGACCUGGAGCUGGGCCUGGGUGUGUGCAGCAGCUUGCACAGACGCAAGCUCCGCUUGGCGAUCGAGGACUACCGUGACGCCGAAGCUGGCCGCAGUCUGUCCAAAGCUGCCGACCUAGACCAUCACUGGGUGGCCAAGGCUUGGCUGAAUGACAUCGGCCUGUCCCAGUAUUCCCAGGCCUUCCAGAACCACCUGGUCGAUGGGAGGAUGCUGAACUCCCUGAUGAAGCGGGACCUAGAGAAGCACCUGAACGUCUCCAAGAAGUUCCACCAAGUCAGCAUCUUGCUGGGGAUCGAGCUGCUGUACCAAGUGAACUUCAGCAGGGAGGUCCUCCAGGAGCGCCGAGCCCGCUGCGAAACACAGAACACAGACCCUGUGGUCUGGACCAACCAGCGGGUGCUCAAGUGGGUGCGCGAUAUCGACCUGAAGGAGUAUGCGGACAACCUGACCAACAGCGGUGUCCAUGGUGCUGUGCUGGUGCUGGAGCCCACCUUCAAUGCCGAGGCCAUGGCCACCGCCCUAGGCAUCCCCAGCGGGAAGCACAUCCUCCGAAGACACUUGGCAGAGGAGAUGAGCACUAUCUUCCACCCGGCCAACUCCACAGGCAUCCGGGAGUCUGAGCGCUUUGGGACACCCCCUGGCAGGGCCUCCAGCAUCACCAGAGCUGGGAAAGAGGACAGCAGCAGCAACAGCAAGUCCAGAUCUGGCCGGCUGCCUCUGGGGAAGAUAGGAAGGGGCUUCAGCAGCAAAGAACCUGAUUUUCACGAUGACUAUGGCUCUCUCGAGAAUGAGGACUGUGCGGAUGAUGACCUCCAAGGCAGGCCUGAACAGUGUCGCUUGGAGGGAUACAACAGCCUGGAGGUCACCAACGUGUAAGAGAGCCGUGUGACUCAACUCUGGAAGAGCAAAGGGAGGAAUAGCCCAGUGGCCCGGGCUGCCCACCCCCAACUGUACAGAGAGACCUGGGGCUGAGGGCGGAUGCGGUGCCAGGACAGAAUUCCCAGAGACAGCCACCAUUUCCAGUGGGCACCAAGGACAGAGAAUGCCCACCUAGGUGUCUUGUUUCUCUGAAGACAGGCCCUGAGGACACAUCACCCAGCCAUGACCCAGCAGGUGGCCCCAGCGCUGUGGUUCAAGGAACUAGCCCAGUACUCCUGGCACUUUACGCUGAACUUCCAAGAAGGGGAAAAAGAGUGUCAGGGCUCCACCCUGCUGGGAGGAGCAGGAACCCAACCCCCCCCCCCCAAA